GUUCCGUCUGUGUCGCGCUGCGGAGGAGCCACGCGCGGAGCAGGACAAUGCCUAAAUCAAAGGAACUUGUAUCUUCAAGCUCAUCUGCCAGUGAUUCAGAUAGUGAAGUUGACAAAAAGGCAAAGCGGAAAAAGCAAGUGACUGCAGAAAAACCUGUAAAGAAACAAAAGACUGGUGAAAGUUCAAAAGGUGCAGCUUCUUCUAAGCAAAGCAGUAACAGAGAUGAGAAUAUGUUUCAGAUUGGCAAAAUGAGGUAUGUCAGUGUUCGGGACUUUAAAGGGAAAGUCUUAAUUGAUAUUAGAGAAUACUGGAUGGAUCAAGAAGGUGAAAUGAAGCCUGGCAGAAAAGGUAUUUCUUUAAAUCCAGAACAGUGGAACCAGCUGAAGGAACAGAUUUCUGAUAUUGAUGAUGCAGUAAGAAAACUCUAAAGACAGAGCCAUACAAAAACUUAUAUCAUUUAGUUGUAUUAAGCAGUCUUUUUACAUUGGCUUUAGUUUUCUAAAAUAUUGUUUUCCAAGCUAUUGUAUAUUUGGAUUGCAAAACAAUUUGUAAGAUGAAUACUUUUUUUAUGUGCAUUAAAAGUGUAUUCUGAGUGAGGCUAUUUGUGUAUACUUUACUAAAAGGAAUUGUGUUGCUUUCACCCCAUGGUGUAAAAUAAACAAACCAAGUAAUAUGUAAAGCAUACUUGUUUAUGGCCUUUUGAUUGAAGGUGUUUGCUGAUAAGGCCACCUAAUAGCUUUAGUCAUUAUUUUAAGUUCAGUUUAGUUUACAGUAACUGAAUUUGUUUUCUGAGGGGAUUUCUUAAAAUGUCUGUUUCACUUUUUCUUUUAUUCCAUUUUCUUUGGUAUUGCCCUGCAGUUGUCUGCUUUAAGACUUGAUACAAACAGUGAAUACUUGGAAAAACACGUUUUUGUAGAUAAUUUUCAAUACUGUAUUUGCUAAUUUACCCUAUUUAUUCAGAUGUAAACAGUCUUGAAUAUAACUUUUUGCAUCACUUGCAUGAAGGAUUAUGCUAAACAAUAACACUUGAACACAAAACACAUGCUCUCUUCCCAUUUUUCUAAAGUUUGCUUGACCUAGAAAAUGCAAGUAGCCUUUUUUCUUUUACUUUAGAUGUGAAGCAUAAAGUUCUACAGUAGUAGACGUAUACCUCAGAGUAAGACAGUGUUUAAAGGCUCCAAAUGUGCUUGUUAGUUAGUACACUCUUCAAAGUUUUCAUUAAAUUAAUUCUGGAACACGUAAUUAACCAGUUGUUCUAUAGAAAAGGAGCGAUUUACCUGUCUGUAGAGUCUGUGUUAAUUUGAAAUUACUGCUUAAAUUGGACUGUAACACAGCUAAAACAAUCAAACAGGGUUAAAACUGCUGCAGCCAAAAUGUCUCUGUCAUGUUUCUGCCCCAUCCACACUGCCUGCCCAGACCACUGAACUCGGGUUGCUUCCUGAAGCUCACGUGUGCACUGCUGGCUUAUCUCUGUGCAGAAGGCGCUUAGCAGCGCAGGGAGCUUACCCUGUGCACGGCACACCGUGACCCAGCGAGCUUGGCUGCUCAGCCCCGCUACCUCCUGGACAGAAAAGCCUCUGCCCCGUGGAAGCUCUGUUAUACAAGAUGCUGCCCUAGAGGAAGGGCUUUGUGGUGACAGUCACUAGUGAUGGAAGGGAGAAUGUGAUGGAGAGCUUGACGAUAUGAGGAGCACACCAGAGUAGAUGUUAAUGAUGCAAGAUCAAAGUUUGCUGGCACAAAAUAACUACAGUGAAGAAAAGGAAGCACAAUGAGAGAAGUUCAUUUACUGACAUAAUUGAGCAAGCAAGAAGAGAAAACAACAUCACGAAAAAGGACAUUUCAAGACUAGUGAACGUCCAACUUAAUUAGUUUGUAAUUUUCCCAUUUAAUGAUAACGUAUCUAAAUUUUUUAUAGAUAAACAAGAUUUACUGUUUGUUUAAUUACAGAACACUUUGAUAUAGUUGUUUAUAUUGCAGACAUUUUAAGUGCCAUACACUAUUUAUGUGCUGUGGAGUUCAUCAUUCAAUGCAAAUAACCAUUAAAGGCUGAGGAAGAGAGACUUCAUCAAAUUAAGUGCACGUUACUUAGUUUAAACAUGUCACAUAUCUUCACCUUUUUAACUUACCCAAUGUUGACAUAUUGCAAAUAAAAUUAAGAUCUGCUUUUGUAUAGCUCAAGAAAUCUUUUAAGUUUUUAAGAACUGCUUGAGGGUGAACAAAAGGGUGAAGAGAUGUUUGUAGUAGCAAAUGUGGUUUUGGGAGCAGCAUUCUUUUUUGAGUGACUUAAAACAUAUAGGGCUAUUUGGACCAAAUAGAAAAAAUAUGAAAUAGCUGUUAAAAUUUCACAGAUAGUGAAAUAAAUUGCUUCAGAUCACAGUAGACAGGUUCUAGGUGUUUUUUAUUGCAAUAUAUAUAUAAUAUGAUUUUGUUCCUUUAAGUCUGAAAUUUUGCAACCAGAUUUCAUGCAUUUUACCUCAGAACUUUGAAGUGGCUACUUAAAAGUUAUGAUUAUAUUAGAGGGAAGAUUGUCCUCACUUAGAUUACUGUGCUAAUAGGUCAGUUGUGUUAAGGAAGGUGGGAAAUUAAAAUAAUUCAUUUAGGGAGAGUAAGUGAAAAGUUUUAAUAUGGCAAUUAGUUUUCAUGUGGAAAUUGAUGGUGGAGGUAUUAAAAUAAAUUAGUAUUUGUUAACCACGAACUGUGAGUUAUCAGUAGGUAUCAAAAGAGACAAGUCAGUUUCACAAAUGAACUCAAAAUGGGAUGACUUGAUCAGGUUACUGAUGUGCUUGUAAGAUGGUAAUAUGCAAGUAACCUUGAUAAAAGUGUGACACAUUCAGUAUUAUUUUGAAAUAAAUAGUAUGAUUUGUAAUGUAAUCAUCUGUAGGUUCUCUACUUUGAGAAGAAAAUUCAAAUCUUUUUUUAAUAAAGAUUAUUUUUUGCAGACAGCGUUAGCUAGGAUAUAUGUAGAAGUACCCAUGGAAGAAAAUUGUGCAUGUAUGACAAGGCUGUCUAAUGCAAGAUAAAAGCACUGCUCCAUCUCCCAUUUAGGUGAUGAAAGAUACAUUUGAUUCUUGGUAUUUUUGCAGGGCAUGUUAGCAAUAUGUUUUAUAAAUUAAGCCUACUACGGAGCUUAGGGGGAAAAACACAUCAAAGAGCUGCCAAAGUACUGUAUGUGUGAUAAUCAAACUGUCAUGUACCAUGUUGCUCAUAUGUAGAGAUGUUCAUAUUGAAAAUAAACAAAUGCAGUACUAAUUUUGGUAUUUCUUGUAAAGGAAAUGGCCCUGGUUAUGUAUGUAUGUGAUCUGUUAGCAGAAAAAAAAGGUUGAUGAUUGUAAUUCUGGUAACUCAAAUGUCUUAUUGUUAGCCAUGUGGAAUGUUUCAUGUUUUGCUCUGGUGGUGUCCAAUGCAGAGUGGCCACUGGAAAUAAAAGCCCUUCAACUGUAAUUACCUUAAUGUUAAAAUAAAAAAUGGUUAAUUGGCAUAUGUGUUAUAACAGUUUGAAUACUUGGAAAUAAAAAAAAGACUUCUGUUAA